CUUAUCUACAGUCUAGAUUCUGGUCGCAGCAAUGGCUACUAAACCACCUUCAAUCUGCUUGUUGGAUUUGAUGGAGAAAAAAGAGGCGAAAGUUGAUCGACCUAAUAAUUCUAUGAUAAAUCAACCAACAGUACGAUUACAAAAUGCAAUCAUACCUUUUCAAUAAUCUUUGAGAGAAUCAGAGUUGGACGAUCAAUUCAUUCAACCAACACCAUGACUUCACUACGGGUUUUGAAACCAAACACAUUGUAUAUCAUUUUCCAAACGAGAAAAACGAGAGAAACGAGAGAUAUACCUAUACGUCCUUUAGGAAAUAACAAUACUAAAGUUAGUGCCUAUAUAUCCGGCUCAAAAGAUCCCUGGGUUGGACGCUGGGGUACAAUAAAUCCAAGACAUUACACCAACAGAACAGUGAGAUUUAGAGAUGUCAAUCUUCGCCAUCAUUCCCAAAGUUUCUUUCUUUGGGAGAUUAUGCCAACAAAUAACAAUAACAGAGUGCUGAAUCGUCUACAGCAAAUGUAUGUAAGCAACAAGCAUGGCAAUUGGACUGCUUCAAAAGCAUCAUUACGUCUCUUACAAAUGUUACAUGGAGGUCAUAAGAAAAAUUUACUGUUCCAACCAAUCAUUCCUGCUCAUGCAUCUGGAGUUUUCAGAACCAUCCAAGAAGCUGAGAGGAAACUGCCUGUGCAAGAUAGAGGGUUACCAAGCAACUUGACGAUACUGAGAGUACAGCCUGGUGAGAACAUUCAGAUAGUAGAUUUCGAGUCGAAACCUACCCUUAAGAUUAUAGGCGUACUUUCAGAACAUCCGCAUCAUCAUCAUCAUCAUCGUCAUCGUCAGCAGUAUCAUCACCGAAAUCCUAGACGCCCCCGCUUAACACCCCGGAGAAGUUCAUGGCAUAGAGGACAGCACUAUUAUGAUCAUACACGCCCCCGUGAAAGAAAUGAUUCUUUUGAAAAUUAUCCACUAUCCAACAAAACAACAGAUCCAGCUAUGUAUGAGCCUAGAGUAGGUGAGUACAUGGAGUCAUCUACACAUACUCCGCCUGUAAAUGCUCCCCAGGUAGUGGCUGUACCUCAAUAUCCUCAAAUCGUUCCGACUAUGACAAACGGUCAACCUCUUCCACUACAGACUGCUGAGCCAUUCCCAGUACCAAUAUCAAGUUCUACAACUGAUAGACGUCAAUCUAUAUCUUCGCAACCAAGUAAUACAUAUUAUCGCAAAGAUUCUAAUUCACAGGGCUCUUAUCACCCUUCAACUAAUUCAGUUAAUUCCAAUCUCCGCCGUCGACGUAAUUCUGAGUCUGAAGCUAGCUAUUAUGGGAAGAGAAACACACAAGAGGAAAGUAGUCAUUCCGAUCAUGGACAUCAUCUAGGCGUCAGAGAAGCUCUAUCUCAUAUCAAAGAUAAACUCAUGCAUCCUGUACCACCAACACCCUCAGGUCGCUCUGUUGCAUGAUAAAUAUAGUUAUUAUUUGAUGUGAGAAGCUUCAAGGCACGCUCACGUAUAUUGUUUAAAUGAACCAAUCGGUGUUCUGUACAAGGCCAAGGAGUAUUUCGCGUGUAUAAACACUUUGUAUAGUAACAAUAAUAGAAUGAAUUGUUUUUUUAGGU